AAGUUUACACAACAAUUCAAGAAAAACGAUCUUGAAUAAGUCUAUACAUUUUUCUAUAUAAAUAGUGAAUCAGUGAACAACUUGUUCAAUAAUCGCAUUCACUCCAAGAUGUACGGAUUAAACCCUCUCAAUUCGGCCGCUCUCUUCGCCGCUGCCGCCGCCGUCUCGAAACGGUGCCUCAGAUCUAUUCCGAUCUAUCGCUCUCUUUCAGCGACAGCCGGAUUCGGUAAGAGGAAAAGGCUGCCGGUGGAGCUCUCGGGGAGUGUCACGAUGCUCACGUGCGAGUCAGCCGCGCGCGGCGGCGUUUGCACUGUGUAUUUGAUCGGAACCUCUCAUCGUUCUCCGAAAUCUUGUCAGGAAGUUAAGCAGUUGAUACGAUUGAUAAAACCAGAGGCUGUUCUCGUGGAGCUUUGCCCUAGUCGCGCUAAAUAUCUUAAGCCUAAAACAGGAGAGAGUAAUACUCGGGGAGAGUUUCAAGUGGCGUAUGAGGAAGCCAACAAAUAUGGUGCCAAGUUUGUACUUGGUGAUCGACCUAAAGAAAUUACACUGCGGAGAUUGCGGGUCAUGGCAUCUCUUUGGGACGUUUGCCUCUAUUUGCGUAAAAAUACAACCAAUAAAGUCAUAGAUACCAUAAAGCUGUUCAAGAGGGUAGAUGAUGCUAAAAUUUGUGCAGCAAGUCAGGAGUUGGCCAAAAUUAGUCCUACUUUUUUUAAAACCUUUGUCCAUGAGCGUGAUCAAUAUAUUACGGUCAAGUUGCUGGAAGUUGCUCGUGAGCAUAGCUCUGUGGUUGCUGUUGUGGGAAAGGCCCACUUGCCAGGAAUCCGAGAGAACUGGAAACAACCCGUUGAUAUGAAGCAACUUCUUCAUGUACCAAUUGUGAAGAGAAUCUUCACGACUGUAGGAGGCAUUGGAGCAACAGUUGCCAUAGUUUCUGGCAUUUAUCUCUUAAAAGAUGUAAUGUGAUGUCAUCUUAUUAGACAUUUUCUUUUGAAAUUUGUUAUAUUUCCUUGUACGCAUUUUUUUCUCCUUACAAGAUUGCCAUGAUAUUUGGUGAAAUGGUGGUCAUAAAAUAAUUCUAUCUGUCCGUACAA